CGAUAUUUCGGUACCGCUAGUUGCCACGAAAGUCGCUCGAACGCCGGUAACGGAAAUUCUCAGCAAACGCAGCGCAACGUCGUUUUCGCGUCGCCGUCGACGUCGGCGUUGUGUCGUCGCCGCAGCAGCAGAAAAUAAAAAUAAAAGAGAAGAAAAAGAAUCGAAAUAACUGCAUACGAAAUAGAUCGAAAUAAAAAGUAGUCGCUUUUAUUAAAAUCCACAACAAACAAAAGCCGAAACGAAGAAAGUGAGCAUUCAUUUGUUGUUGGUGUGUCAAGCGAAUUCCACACGCAGCCGCCAAUUGUAUUAAAUUCGAAUUGUUUAAUUUAAUUGUAAAGCGCAUCGAUCGGAACAACAAGGAUAUCCACACACAAACCACACACCUAAAAGACUGUAAUCUGCCUUAACCAUAGGAAAGUCAGAGAAAGAAAAGCCGGAAGUCCCAUACAGGAUAGCAAAUCGGGCGAAGAUAGCAGAAGGCAUCUGGAUCCAGGAUCUGAAACGGUUGAAUCACUAAGCAUAAACAUAAUCAAAUGAUCACCAUGACUUCGUUUAUCGAACUGCUGGGACUUUUCUUGCUGCUGAUGCUGCCAUUCCUCUAUGAGACCAAUCACAUAUUCCGAUACUACUUCAAAUUCCUGAUGUACUACGGCAUCGUGUCGUUCAACUCGAUCAUCCUCAUCCCGGCAUUCCUCACCAGACCAUGCGAUGUCCGCAAUCUGCUAUGGGCGAGCACCUGGUGCCACCGCGUUUCGACGUUGAUUGGCCUGCGAUGGGAGCUGCGCGGCAAGGAGCAUUUGGCCAAGGACCAGGCCUGCAUCAUUGUGGCCAAUCACCAAAGCUCGCUGGAUGUGCUGGGCAUGUUCAACAUCUGGCAUGUGAUGAACAAGUGCACAGUGGUGGCCAAACGAGAGCUCUUCUACGCCUGGCCUUUUGGCUUGGCGGCAUGGUUGGCUGGCCUAAUCUUCAUCGAUCGUGUGCGCGGCGAGAAGGCGCGCGAAACGCUAAACGAUGUUAACCGGCGCAUCAAGAAGCAACGUAUCAAACUGUGGGUUUUCCCGGAGGGAACGCGCCGCAAUACGGGCGCACUGCAUCCGUUCAAAAAGGGCGCCUUUCACAUGGCCAUCGAUCAGCAGAUACCCAUUCUGCCGGUGGUCUUCUCCUCCUACUGCACAUUCCUCAAUGAUAAGAAAAAGAUUUUGAAUUCGGGUCGCAUUGUGAUUACCACGCUGCCGCCGGUUAGCACCGAAGGACUAACCAAGGACGACAUCGAUGUGCUAAUGGAGCGUGUCCGCUCCCAGAUGAUUGAAACGUUCAAGGUGACGUCUGCGGAGGCGUUGCAUCGUUAUAAGCCCAUUAAAAAGGUUGGAAUUCCAGCCGCCUCAUCAGCAUCAACAUCAUCUACGACAACAACAACAUUGGCAUCACCGGGAACUGCUGUCACUCCCGUUGCGGAUGCGGCAGUGGCUGCCGCAGCUGCCGUGGCCAGUAGCAGUUCGGCAUACGGUCAACCGCCGGGCUACGAAGCCGGAGCCGCAAAGGCCAGCUUGCUCAAGACACUUUAGGCUAUGCAGCAAUUCAAUUCAAUCCAAACACACACACACACACAGCCAGCCACACACACUCAUAUCCAAAAAAUACGAAACACCUCAUGGCGUAGCUGAAGUGUCACGUUUUGGGGGCUUUUAGUUGGACACGUUAACUGGCAAUCAGCUUUAUUUGGGCCUAUUUGGGAAUUCUAUAGUCCACAGUUGUGCAAUUAUCGUACACGUGCAGUAUUUGUUUUGAUAUUAUUGUUUAAAGUCCAAACUAUGUUUUGUCAUCAUUUUAUUGCAUACUUUUCGUAAUUUAUUUCUCUCAAAAAUGACUUUAUGUAAGAAUAUUUGUCAUUAGAGUAUUCAUUUUGAGGCGUGUGAAAAAUUAAUAAGGCAAUGAUUGUUGAGUGCUUCGUGCCUCAAGAUAUGAACAAAGCAAAGACACUAGAAUAAUUCUAGUUAUCAUAUUUUUUAAUGAAAUUUAUGAAAUUACAGUAGUUAUAAUAAUUUCUAUUGUACUUCCUUUAAUUAAUUAGUAUAUUUAUUAAGUCAUUUGACUUAAAAUGAUGUAACAUUAACAUUAAAAGUGUUUCAAAAAAAAUAUUUCGCUUUUAAAAAAUUGUCAGAUGAGAGACAAAUUAGAAUUAAACAUAACAAAUUUUAACAAACAAAUUUAAAAAACUUUAAAAUUAUAAUAGUCAGGGCGCGAAUUUGUAAAAAUUUUUUUAUUUUAUCAUAUUGCUAGGAAAUUGGCCAAAAAUACCCUAAUAUGUACAAUGUAAAUUCGUUUCUUCGAUCAGAAUUGAUUUCGGCCCGAAAAUCGUCUUCUAGCACAACACGCACACAUAUACGCGUUCUCGUCUCUUGUUUUUACUCACACAAGCAAGCAAAUUCUAUUUUUAGAUUUCUUACGCUCUCAGCGGGAGUGAGCGGAAAGAGAGUAAUUUUGGCCGUCAACAAAAAAGUGGCAUCUUGUUAUUCUAGUGUCUUUGGUUAUACCCUGUUGAAUGGAAUCGAUUGAUUCAAAAGCAGAAGCGAAAGCUGCUGUCGAUUUCAAUUUUAUUUAAUUAACUGAAAAAAAUAAGUUAAAAAUUGCUGCUUACUUGUAAAUACCAAAUCCGUACCACUUUAAAACAACGAAUUAAGAAAAGUAUUACCACUUUAAAUAAUUUAGCAAUAUGAAUUUUGAUAGUGCGCUAGUCUUAACUGAAAAGGUCAAAUCCCAAAUAGGUCUAUGUUAACACACUUUUUUCGAACAUAAAUCACCUGUGUUUGUUUGUGGAAGUCAACAUGUGCAUCAUUUUGUAGAUUUUACGCACUUGCAUAAUAUUUUAGACACAUCGAAAUGUUAACGAAACAGUGUACUUGAAAAGCCAAUUCCAUGUUACGAUUUCGGCUACAGUCCACGCAGCAAAACAUCCACUCACUUUCAAAUAGUUUGACUAAUUCAGGCACCAAAAAAAUGAGUAUUAGGAGUAGCAAUCACAAAACUGCGAUCCUCGACUGUCAGACUUUAACUCUUUUGUAGGCAACACAUACCAAAAAGCAACUAAAACAGCAAACCAAAAAACAUUAACUCUAUCCCUUACACGAUGCAACAGGAAGAACAGAAGAACAUGUCUAACUCGAAAUGGCUUGGAUUAUUAGGGAAUUGUUAAAAUCCAAGCAAUUUCGAUUAGGUUUUUAUCCGCCUAGAUUAUAUGAUAGUUGCAUGUUAUCAUUUAAUCCUGUUGCCGCGUGUACUUGUUAGAUGAUUACACCAAAUGAUAUGUAAUUAAAAUUAAAUAAAUAUCUAAACACAUAUUGUGAAUGACGACUAAUCUUGCAAACGACAUUACAUACUUUAUGUAGGGCGAAUUCUGGUUGAUUUUUACAAUCGACCACUUGACGAGCAGUUAAGCCAGUUCUUUUUUUUUUGUUUAAAACAAUACGUAUUUUAUUUUUACAAGACAUUCCCUAACUAGGUUAGGGUUCCCAUUUAAAGGUAUUUCCUUACUCGCUUACAAUUGAAUCCCGAAAUGGAUUCAAUGUACUAUUUAUCUAAUAUCACCUCAUGGCAUCUAAGGAAUUUAAGGGAUCUUUGAACUAACACCUACAUAUUUGUGUAUUGUAUUCAAAUAUAUUGUGUAUCUGUCUGGUAAAGUGUUAACUUAACUUUGUAAAUACUAUGCGGUUUACUUUAAAGACAAAUCAAAGGCGAUAGUGUGCGAAAGCAAAAGGAAACAAUUAAAUACGAGUAUAAUAAAUAUUUUUUUCAAAU